AUCAAAAUAGUAUCUACUUAUUCUGUAUUCAAUUAGUUAUUCGUGAAGGGAUCUUUACCAUUGAAGGAAAGUUAGGUACUCCGUUCCAAUAAUAGAACAGUUACUAGCUCUGUUAAUUAGCGGGGGAUCCUGGGAAGAGGUCAGGCCUCUUGGCCAGAGCAAUGAGUAUGAGCAGAUUUGAAACUUAGGGAAUAAUCGUCAAAAUUUGGAAUAUUUCACACAAUAAUGUCCGGAAUGUAUCGAGACAUUCUCAACAGGUGUCAAACAAAUUUCAGCGAGCACACCAGCGCCGAAAUUGAUAGCUUUGAAAUCACUUUGUAGAUCGCUUCCAUUAAAGAGUAGUAUCAUUCUUGGCAAGAAGUACAAGUUCGUAGUUCUCUUUAUAUACUCAGCCUGUGAGAGAUUCUCAUAUAUCAGAGAGAGAGGGAGUGAAAGGAAAUAGAAAGAUUUUCAACUUCUGGAAUAUGGCCUAGAGCAUCUGUUGUGACUGAAUGAAGUAAGGUAAAAGUUUAUUUUUAUUGCAUCAAAUAAUAUAUUAGAAUCCCAUUAUCUAUGUUGUAUAUUCACUUUCCUUCUCUCAUGUUUAAAUAUGUCCUUGCAUGUACUUUCUCUUCUAACCAAUUAAACUUAGAGUCAACACUAAAAAGGUAGUCCCCAACCAUUUCAUUGAUUUAAAAUAUUUGCUGUGCUUUUGUUAUGUUUUCCAAGAUAACAUUGAAAGAUAAAAGGAUAAAUUACUAAAUUAUAAUUGCACACGAGAGACAUUGCAUGCACUUCUGGACAAUUUUAUUUUUUUGUAUAUCAGUGGGUAGCAUUUAAAUGCAAAUGUAUUAUAUAUACAUACGAGAGAUCUAACACGUAGAUAUUCAUACAUGGCGCCAGAAGUGCAAUGUCAGCAAUUAAAUAGUUUUGAAACGUUCUCAGAGGACGACGUGUCCAUAACGGUAUCAUAUUUUUAUUUCGAAAAAUUUCGUUGGCCUAACAAAAAAUUAAGUACUUUGGACAUUAUUUGCUACUGCACCGCGCUAAUUUAAAUAAUGUCCCCGCCACUCGGUCCACUACCGUGUAAUUUAAGCUGUCCGAAUUGCUCGAAACAGGUGACAUCGCGUAUGGAGUACAGUUCAUCGACCAAGACACAUAUUAUUGCAUUACUACUCGCUGGAAUGCUUUGCCUGCCCUGCGCCUGCGCUGUAUACUGCACGAAUUGCGCACGUAAUGUGGAGCACUACUGUCCAUCUUGCAAUGCCUUUCUGGGUGUAUACGAUCGUUGAGUUCGGCAGAUUAAAUGUUGAGUGAAUUUUAGCAAAGUUAAAUAGAAACCGAAAUUGGAAACUGAAAAUUAAUAUACCAUUUAUUAAAAUAUCUGUAACUAAUUCUCUUUAGCAUAAGGCUUUUCUUUGACUACCUGAAAAAUCUACAAAAAGGGUAGGCAAUACGAAAUGCCGAAAAUAUUUGCAGAAUUGUAUAACUUUAUUACAUUUUAUUAUGAAUUUUUUGUAACACUUUUACAUUUUUCCACAAAAUUAUGCAGCUUUUUAAAGAAAUUUAAAAAUUCGGCAUGAAAAUACUAAAAAAUAUUAAACGAAGCAUAACUUAAUUGUUUCCGAACAAAAAUUAUAUUAAUGUGAAUGUAGUUUACUU